UGCCAGUUUCAAGUAAAAUCACAGAAUUUUUCAGUUUUUAAAACAUAGAUUUUUGACAAUUCGCAAUCUUCCGCGGUCAACAAAACUAAAAACAAAUCUGAUCUGUCCAGAUCAAGAUUCUAAAUUAAAAUUACAACUAAAAUUUUGCAGUAGAUAUAAAGGCAACAAAUGAUUAUAGUGCAACAAAUACCCAGAAUAUUAUCUACGUCGUGCCAAAGUUCCUUUAAAAGACUUUUAAUUUAUCACAACUCUAAAGUAAAUAAAAACAUGUCCUCAUUGAGUAACGUUCCUGUCGUGGAUAUCGAUCCGAGCGGUGUUUUUAAAUACAUACUAAUUAAUGUCUAUGAAGAGGUGAAAAGUGGUCAAGAGCCGAAAAUGACUAUAGCCAGAGGUUAUAAAAGAUGUAAUUAUCAUUCAGAUAUUUAUGAUGAGGUUCAAGCUAAGCUCUCUCCUCUAGAUUGUGAGCCUCUAGGAGGGGGAAGAAUUUCACAUGACCCAGAAAAUAAGAAAAUUCAUAUUUAUGGUUACUCACAAGGUUACGGAAAAGCUGAUCAUGAGAUCACUGCAAAACUAAUCAAGGCAGCUUUUCCCGAGUAUACAAUUACCAUCAGUGAUGAAGGUCAAGUAAAUGAAAAUGGAACUAAAGAAAUUUGUUGUUGUGGAAAGAUUGCAAUAAAUUAAGUAUUGGAGCAACAAUAUGAAACGACCGAAAUUAAUAAAUACCUAUUCAAAUACUUUUGUAAUGUAAACAGAUUUGGAUGUCGUGAUCUGUGUUUCAAGAUUCUGUUCAAGUUAAACUAACUG